AUGUCGAUCAUUUUAGGUUUAUACUUGCGAAAUCCUGGUCCUGAUCUAAUCAUCUGCGAUGAAGGUCAUAUGAUUAAAAAUUUGAAAAGUGCAAUCGCUUGUACAUUGAACCAAAUUCGCACACGUCGCCGUAUCAUCUUAACUGGUACACCAAUGCAAAAUAAUCUUCAGGAAUACUAUGCUAUGGUUCACUUUUGUAAACCAAACUUUCUCGGAACUGAAUCGCGUUUUACCGAUUUGUAUCGUAAACCAAUUGAAAAGGGUCAGCAUCGAGAUAGUUGCAAAGAAGAGGUUAACUACAUGCGACGUCGUGUUUACGCACUUCGUCGACGUUUGCAACCGUUAAUUCAUCGUCGUGAUCUUGAUGUUCUACGCGCAUUUUUACCACCAAAAUUCGAAUAUACAAUCAAAAUCCGUUGUCAACCAUUGCAACGAAAACUCUACGAAUCGUACAUUCACGGUCAAAUAAACGCCAUCAGCGUACACCUAAAUGUGGCACAAUUGUUUGCCGAUUAUCAAUAUUUGAUGAAAAUUUGGACGCAUCCGUGGUUACUUCAACCCUAUUUCAUCGAAUGGUACAAGAAGAAGCGCAGAGAUAUUGAUCCAACAGAAAUCGAUACGAUGAUUAAAAAUGAAUUUGAUGAUGAUGCAGAAAAAAUCAAUAAAGACAUUAUACCAAGAGAGAUGAAGUCGGAUGUGGAUUCUGAAGAAGAAAUGAUGAAUGCUAUCAAACAACAAUGGUGGUUUCAACUUUUCGAUCCGAUAGAUGCACAACUCAACUUUGAGCUAUCCGGAAAGUUUAUGAUAUUAAAGACGAUUCUGGAUGAAUGUGAAUCCAUUGGAGAUAAACUUCUGAUUUUCGUUCGAAGUUUAGCAACACUUGAUUACAUUGAACAAUGUCUUGCUUAUUGGAGUACUCAAGAUCCUAAAUCGCAAUGGCAAAAAAGACUUGAUUAUUUUCGUAUGGAUGGCAAUACCUCGAUAAAACAACGAGCGGCUGAUAUGAAAUCUUUCAACGAUUCGAACAAUUCUCGUAGCCGACUUUACCUAAUCUCGACACUCGCUGGUGGCGUAGGAGUAAAUCUUUACUCGGCGAAUCGAGUUGUUAUUUUGGACACAAGUUGGAAUCCAGCUCAUGAUCUCCAAGCGAUGUUCCGUUCGUACAGACUUGGUCAAAUGAAACCGGUAUUUAUUUAUCGAUUGAUUGUCAAAGGAACAAUGGAAGAAAAGAUAUACAAACGCCAGAUAACUAAACAAGCCAUGUUUCAUCGUGUGGUGGAUGCGAAACAACUUGCACGUCAUUUCACUCACGAUGAAUUGAGGAAACUUUAUCAAUUUGAUUUUGAUACUGACGAUGAGCCAACAGAUCAAAUGAAUACGAACAGAAUACAUGAUGAACUCUUGCGGCAGCUAUUACGAGAACAUGCUGAUACGAUUACUUCCUAUUGUGAACACGACUCAUUUCUUAUUCACAAUGAUGAUGAAAAUCUAACCAAGGAAGAAGAAAAUCAAGCUAAAGAUGAAGAAGAAAAUCCAUAUGCAAGCUAUUUUCGACGAAGAACACACGCACCAGAAUUAUCUGUCAAUGAAACAUUCUCGAACACUGAAAUAAGUGAAGUAGCAGAAAAUGAUCAGUCUUCGAGCUCGUCAGUCGAGUCAUCAAGCGAUGAAUCAUUACAGCACUGCCAGGACGGUGUGGCUUCGUAUAUUCAAAGCGGAAUACCCUUCACUCCGUUCAUAACACUUAAUUCAGAUGAUAGUUAA